AUGGACUCUGCACCGUUUUUCAUGGCAUUACUCCCGCUCCUUUUUCUGGUGUUUUCUGAUGUUUUUAAAUGUGUGAAUGGAAGGAACGGACUACAUUUGGAGGAGGAGGAUGAGAGUAUAUCAAAGAGGCUGGGUGGUCUGGGUGAUGAUGAUUCUGACUUAAAUCAGUGUGUAAAACUGAGCGACAGUGAGCCUCUGGCUCUGCAGUCUGGGGGGGAUGUUGUAAUUGGAGGAUUUUUUCCUUUGCAUUUUGUUGCCCCUGAGCCACAGCACAACUACCAAAGCAAGCCUCAGCUCACACCUUGCAGUGGGUGAGGGAAAUCUUCACAUCUGGUUUUGUUUUACAUUAAAUAUAAUAGCAACUAAUUAUGUCCUUUUGCCCACAGUUUUCCUUGCUCUGUUUUUACGUACUGAUUUACACUGUGCUUUUAUAAUGUGUCUGAUAAAUUACAGGAACAGCAUUGUACCUUUGCUAAUUCUUCUGCAGCUUUGACCACAGAGCAUUUCGCUGGAUGAUGACUAUGGUGUUUGCGGUGGAGGAAAUUAACCAUAAUGCAAGCUUGUUGCCUGGUGUUAAACUAGGUUACAGGAUCUUGGACAGCUGUGACCAUGUUCACACCAGCCUGCGGGCUCUUUUCCCUUUAGUUAAACACUUCGAAGAUAUGCCAGAAGACAACAGUACUAUGAUAAAGGAAGCAAAGACACCUGACGAAAGCAGUCAUGACAGAAAACUCUCAGCUGUGAAUGAGAAAGGCAGUGAGCUUGAUAAUUAUAAUGAGGACAACAGAAGGGAAAAUGUGACAGAGAAAAGACUGAAUGGUGUCAGUUUAAAAAAAGUGUCCCCAUGUCUGGUUGAUUCUCCUGUACCUGCGGUGAUCGGCCUUGCAUCGUCUUCCCCCACAAGAGCUGUGGCUCAAACUCUUGGCCCUUUCAACAUCCCACUUGUAAGGAAAAACAACAAAAAGACAGAAUCAUGCACAAUAUUUCUGUUUUGCACAGGCUUCCUUUUCUACAACGAUCAUUUGUUGUAAAAAAUCCCACAACAUGUAAAAAAAACUCUUACAGUGGAUUCAAUUUUAAUCUCAGAUUAAGUAAAUUUUAUUUACCUUUAGGUGAGUUAUUUUGCCACUUGCACCUGCCUCACCGACAAGCAAAUGUACCCGUCAUUCUUGCGGACUGUACCCAAUGAUCUCUUUCAAGUUCGAGGUCUUGUUCAGCUGGUCACUUUCUUUGGCUGGCUCUGGGUGGGCACAGUAGGAACCAUGGUGAGAUUGAAUCUUUUUUAAUAUUAAGUCCGUUAUUAAAGCACACUUGCAUGGUUUGUGACACUUCUCUCUGCUUGUUUCAGAAUGACUACAGUCAAUAUGGUAUCCAAGCCUUUUCUAACCAGUUUAAAGAACGAGGUGGUUGUUUGGCAUUUCAUUUGGCAAUCCCCAAAUCACCCACAGAGUCUGAGAUUCGAGAAAUGGUGGACAGGCUGCAGAGCUCUACCGCACAAGUAGUGGUUGUCUUUGCAACCGAGGGACAGCUGGUGGAUCUAUUUGUAGAAGUAAGUGCUCUGCAUUUCAGUUCAUUUUAAAUUUUUCAGUGAAGACCAAACAAAAAGAGUGAUACUGCUCAGGGGAUACUCUGCUCAUAUUUGUGUCUUAUUUUCUAGUUGACUAAAAGAAAUGUGACAGGGAUCCAGUGGGUUGCUAGUGAGGCCUGGGUGACUGCUACUCUUCUGACCUCCCCACAAUUUCACCCUCUCCUGGAGGGCACUCUGGGCUUCUCCUUCCCCGGAGUCAGAAUCCCGGGCUUGAAAGAGUUCCUGCUGAAUGUCCGCCCCUCCCCUGAGCCUGGGAUGGGAUUCGUCAACAUGUUCUGGGAAAGGCUGUUUGACUGCAGGCUUGACUUUGAAAAUGACACGUUCAGAGCAAAUGAUGCAGACAAAGAGGAUAACUUCAAUAAAUUGCAUUCUCUUAGUUACAAAGCAAGCUCUCAGAAUAUCCCUGGUUUUCUCAUCAGACAGAUUUCUGCAAACACAAGUGCAUUCAAAGCAGCUGCUGUCAACACCUAUGAAGGUGAUGGUGAAAGGCCUGUGUGCAGUGGCUCAGAAGAUCUGAGAUACACUGACAGCAGUUACACGGAUGUAUCUCAGGUCAGAAUAUCUUAUAAUGUGUAUAAAGCUGUGUAUGCCAUCGCCCAUGCUUUGCACACUUUAAUGAACUGCAAGGGAAAAUGUGAGAAAGAUAAACCCUUUACUUCAAAGCAGGUGAGCAAACCAAGAGUGAAAAUAGAUAAUUAUUUCCUGCAUUUUCUUGCCUCUUCUGUAUUUUUUAAGAUCUUAUUCUUUACACAGCUGCUGUAUCAUCUGAAGACAGUGAAUUUCACUGACCAGUUUGGGGAAAAGGUACAUUUUGACUCCAACGGAGAGCCAGUCCCUCUCUAUGAUAUCAUUAACUGGCAGAAGGACGGCAACGGUGAAAUUAGGUGGAAUAUAACUUUUCAAGACACAGCAAUAAUGCAUCUGUUGGAAAAAUCAUCAAUGAGAGACAUUAUCGCAAAUGUAUUAUGCAGUUACUGAGGCACAUAACCUUUCAUGCUGUGGUUAGAUUUGUCAAAGUGGGGAGUUAUGACGGUUCAGCUCCACCGGGACAUCAGCUGCAGCUGGAACAGAGCACCAUAGUAUGGACUAAAGGACAGUCACAGGUGAGUUAAGACUGAAGUGAUUUAUCUGAAAUUAAGUGCUGGUGGAAAAUGAAGGAUUUUCCACCAGCAUAUGUGAUCUCGAGAAAAGAGAUCCCUGGUGUGUAAUUUUAAGCCUUGUUUUUUCAGGUGCCUGUAUCUCAGUGUAGCGUCCCCUGCUCUCCUGGAAGCAGGCAGGCCAGGCGUCCAGGAGAGCCCCGCUGCUGCUUUGACUGUUUACCAUGUGCUGAUGGAGAGAUCAGCAACCAGACUGGUAUCGAAUAAUGUUUUUCUUUAAAUUCAUUUUACAGCUUGUAAGUAACAAAAGGUCAUAAAAGCAACAUGAAUACUGCACAAUUAGGAGGUACAUAAAGAGAUGUUUUGCCGGUUGCAAACAGAGGACAUGUAUGCGUAUGUGUUCUUUAAGGUUCCACCGAGUGCACUAAGUGUCCAGAGUACUACUGGUCAGACAAAGACAAGGUGAAAUGUGUUGCUGGGGUUGAAGAGUUCCUGUCUUUUAAGGAAACCAUGGGCAUCAUCCUGACCACACUCACACUGCUGGGCGUCAUCCUGACCACCACCAUCACUGCCAUCUUUCACCGUUUCCGUUUCACACCGAUUGUCAAAGCAAACAACUCCGAGAUCAGUUUCCUGCUUCUGCUUUCCCUCAAGCUUUGCUUCUUGUGCUCCCUGGUGUUCAUCGGCCAGCCAUCUGAGUGGAAAUGCCGACUGCGCCAGGCGGCAUUUGGGAUCAGCUUCGUUCUCUGCCUGUCCUGCCUCCUUGUGAAGACCAUUGUGGUUCUCUUGGCCUUUCGGGCUAAUGCACCGGGUACCAGGGCUCUGAAGCUGUUUGGCCCGUCUCAACAGAGGACUCUGAUCCUUUGCACCACAAUUCCUCAGGUGCAGGAUUUGAAUCAGCUCCAAAAUAACUUGUCUCUAGUUUACGCUCGUUGUGCUAUUUUUAGUUUUUAUAUAAAUCGUAUCCUUCUCUCUCCCCAUUAGGUUUGUCUCUGUGCUGCUUGGCUGUUGUGCACACCUCCAUUUCCAUUCAGGAACCCAACCUACCAAGCUACAACUGGAAAAGUAAGAACAAGCAGUGUCCCAUUGUGUUUUUUGAUCAACCACUCAAGGUCUUAAAAGUCAGUAAUGUUUAAAUCAAAGACAUAGGGGCUAUGGCGUCUACUGCAGAGACCCGAUAGGCUCCAAUAACAAUACAAAAUGCUAUUUCAUUAUCUCUAACUCUUGUGUGGUUUAACUUUAUUAGAUUGUUUUGGAGUGUAAGGAGCCAUGGCCUCCAGGUUUUUAUCUGGUCCUGGGCUACAUUGGCCUGCUUGCCUUCCUCUGCCUCCUCUUGGCCUAUCUCGGGCGCAAACUGCCGGAUACAUUCAACGAGGCGAAGCUGAUCACCUUCAGCAUGCUCAUCUUCUGGGCUGUGUGGAUCUCUUUUAUCCCAGCUUAUGUCAGCUCUCCUGGAAAGUUCACUGUAGCUGUGGAAGUAUUUGCUAUAUUAGCCUCCAGCUUUGGACUGUUACUGUGUAUUUUUGUACCUAAAUGUUAUAUAAUUUUACUGAUGCCUGAGAAAAACAUUAAGAAAGGCAUGACAGGAAAAUAUCCCAGAUGA